AUGUCUCAGAAACCGUUAACCUACAAGCAAAAAGCCAGUAUAUCAUUUGUGUCGCAGGAUGAUCCGCCAUUUAUCAAAGAGAUGAAGAAGAAAAUGGGCUACAAGGAGGGCCCUAAGCUUGAGGAUAAAUUCCAAGAUGAAGAGGGGCCAGCUGACAUUGACGAUGCGCAGUCAGAACUUCUACGGGUUAGAGAAGAGGAACGACCUCAGAUAGUGGUUUUGAACCCAGAAACAGACAUAUCACCUGAAGAAAUGAACAAGGAACUGGCAGCAAGAAUAAAGCAAGAAGACGAGCGAAAAAUUGCCGAAGGAAAAAUCACUUUCAAAAAACCAGUGAAGAGAACGUCCGUGGCAACCGAGGAAGAAAAAGGAGAGACAAAGGAGAAGAGGAAAAAAGUCGAGAGUGUCCUAUGUAGAAGCGUCAGUUCUACAUUUGGAGAACAUUCGAACUUCAUCUCUAAGCACUCCUUCGAUACCAAUGUAAUAUGGACACGACUUGGAUUCAUUCCUCAAAGGGAUGGACUCCCUGUUUCUGCUGAGCCAAGACUGACUCAUGACAUCCUCGUAUCCCGCACGUCGGUCGUGCCAAAAGCCUGCAAUCAAGUGGCUGGGAGGUGCAAGCUAGGCGGUUUGGAGUCGCCUCCAACAAAUAAGCUCAACAUGUCCACACCGGGAGAACGGAAAAAAGAGUCUCCUGAUUCCGGAGGAAAGGCUGGUACGGUAGUGCCAGGAAGGACGGGGUUGCAGGAGUCAUAUAGGCUACCGAAACAGAAAAGGACUAGCACGACGAUCUGUACUUAUAACGCGCCUGCAUCGGAAGCGGCCAUCGAAGAUCUGAUGAUGCAAGCCAAGAAGAUCAAGUACGACGUCAUCGGACUGACCGAGACGAGACGACGUCACCCUCUCAACGCCGUAUAUGAAACUGGAGGAAAACUGUUCUUAGGAACAUGCGACAGCAGAGGUGUUGGUGGAGUUGGCGUCCUCGUGAACACGAGUAUGGCAAAGAACAUCGCCUCUUUUGAACAACUAACGACCCGAAUCGGACGUCUGCGGAUGAGAAGAUGUGGUCCAACACUAGCUUUGACUAUCUUCGUCGCUUACGCUCCAACAUCAAGCUACGAGGAAGAAGCUUUCUAUAUGGACCUGGAGAAGUUCUGCCAAAGAGAUCAUGCAUUCUACAAGGUCAUAAUUGGCGAUUUCAACACCAAAGUUGGCCCAAGAAGAACGCCUGAGGAACCUCACAUCGGGACCCACGGCCUACAAUGUUUGGAAAUUUUUUUAACCAUUUGA